AUGAGGCAGGUGGUGGUGGUGUUCGCGGACAAGAUGACCACAGGGGAGCUGAUGCGGCGGGCCAAGCAGCUGGACGUCACUCACGACCCUCGUCUGGAUCGGCUCCGACGCCUGGGCACGAUAUCGGUGCAGCCGCUGGUGGAGAACCUCAGCGGAUUCGAUGACUACAUGGCCGGCCUGGACCCGCUGGCUCUCCCACUGGCGCGCAACCCGUGGCUGGCCGAGUUCUGGGAGGACACGUUCGCCUGCGCGCUGCCCGGGGCAGCCGGCGGGGCAGACGGCAGGGCAGCCGGCGAGGUAGCAGCGAACCGGGCCGACCGCCCCGCGUGCGACCCUACGCUGCGUCUGACCGAGCAGAGCGGGUACAGACAGCAGAAGUACCUGCACUUCGUUCGGGACGCCACGUGGGCCUUCGCCAACGCCCUCAAUGACAUGCAUCUGGACCUAUGCAAGGGUCAGCCGGGGUUGUGCUCAGGCAUGCAGCACAUCGAGGGCUACACCUUACGCCAAUACCUGUCCAAGGUCCACUUCAAAGACCAGAACAACCAAUCGUUUCGGUUUCUGAACGGCAGCGGCGAGGGUCCUCCACGCUACUCGAUCUUGAAUUUCCAGCGUGACAAGCAAGGAGGCUACUUCUGGAAGAACGUUGGCCAGUACUCGUUGACGGAGGACGGAUCCUCCAACCUGGUGCUGCGCAGGGAGGAGAUCCUGUUCAAGGCUGGUGGACGCCGCGACUUUCCUACCUCCGAGUGCGGCACCCCCUGCCUGCCGCACCAGGUCAAAGUGAAGAAGGAGAACGACCUCUGCUGCUGGACAUGCCGCACGUGCGGCAGCUACCAGGUGGUGCGGGACGACUACGACUGCGAGGAGUGCAAGCCCGGCUUCCUGCCGUCGCCCAACCAGCGCCACUGCAUGAUCGUGCCGGUCACCUUCGUCGACUACUCCAGCCCCUGGGCAGUGGUCGCCAUGACGUUCGCGGCGUUCGGGAUCGUGGUGACCGUGCUGUGCGGUCUGAUCUUCGCCGCGCACGCCUCCACGCCCGUCAUCAAGGCCUCGGGCCGCGAACUCAGCUACCUGCUGCUCGUCGGCAACCUGCUCUCGUUCGGCAUGACCUUCCUGAUCGUGGCCCGCCCCACGGACGCCACAUGCGGCCUGACGCGCUUCUUCCUCGGGCUCUGCUACACCGUCUGCUACGCGGCCAUCGUCACCAAGACCAACCGCACGUCGCGCAUCUUCACGCGGCGGCCGGUCAAGCACCGCACGCGCUACACGUCGCCGCAGUCGCAGCUGGUCAUCACGGCCAUCCUGACGUCGGUGGAGGUGGUCGUCAACGCCAUCUGGCUGCUGUACCGGCCGCCGGCCACGCUCGUGAUCUCGCCGACGCGGGAGCAGCGCGUGCUCAUCUGCGACGGGCUGGACGACAGCUCCUACCUAAUCGGCCUGAUCUAUCCGCUGAUCCUGAUCGGCUUCUGCACAAUAUACGCCGUCAAGACGCGCAAGUGUCCGGGCGGCUUCAACGAGGCGCGCUACAUCGUCUUCACCAGCUACACCACCUGCGUGCUCUGGCUGGCCUUCGUGCCGCUCUACAUCGCCGCCACCGACCAUGCCCUGCGCACCGUCACGCUGGCUAUGUCGCUCUCUCUCAGCGGUCUGGUGCAACUGGCCUGCCUCUUCUUCCCCAAGAUAUACGUGGUGGUCUUCAAGCCGGAAAAGAACACACGGGAUGCCGUGAUGGCGCACCGCUCCCACGCGUUCAUCCCCACGUGUCAUUCAACACCCGUGGUGCUCAUCAACGGCACCAGCAGGGGUGUGUACGCCCGCUGCAGGCGUGGACCGCCGCUCUGCUGCCGCCAGGACAUCUCCACUUCGUCGGGCUCCGACAGUCAGGGCGCCCCGGCCGCAGGGGCCGUCUCGAGCCCGCUGCGGCUGGACUUUACCCGGUUCAACCACAUCACCUCCCUGAGAGCACCUGUCACCGGCAGCGGCAAUGUCAGCGCCGCCAGCGCACUCAGGCGGCGCAAACACUCGGUGUGAAGCGCCGCUGUGACGUCACGAUGGGCGCGUCCAAUGUGGCGCGCCACUCAGCGAUGGGAGCG